AUGCAGCGAAAGCGGCGCGUAACGCUGACAACGCUCAAUGACGAUUGCCUGCUUUUGAUAUGUGCUCAGCUGUCAAUUAAGGAUCAGUUUGCAUUGCUGCAACUCAACGCGACGCGUCUCAAGCAGCUGGUGCUGCAAAUUUGGCAACGCAAAUAUGCGAGCAGCGCCUUCGACUGGCAGCUGGAGCCGCAAUUAAAGCUGCUGUCUGAGGAUGAGCAAAGCCUAUUGCUCGGUUACAUGAGCCAGCUGACAAGUGGCCUCAACAAUUUGAGCCAGGGCAAGGCCGUCAUGCGCUGGCUGCUGCAUGCCACACAAGGCGGCGGCGACAAAUUGACACGACUGCGUAGCUUGAGCUUUGUGUCAAGUCAGAGACAAGUGUUGCCUCUAAUUGCGCAAAUUUGCGGCAACUUAACGCAGCUGCAGCUGGGCGUUUGUGUGGGCGUGUCGCCCGCAGAUGUGCGCCUGCUUUUGGCAGCGCUGCCUCGCUUGAUUGUGUUUCAACUGCUGCCGGCGGCGACGACGACGACGACAGCAAGUUGCAACUGCAACGCUGAAUGGGCCAACAUGGAAUACGGCCAAAUGCUGCAAGUGUUGCAACUGCCAGCGUGCGCGAUAUGUGCUACGGCCAAGGAAAUUGCGCAACUGCCACAGUUGCAACAAUUGACGUGUUUCCUUUGCAACAAAGCCAGUGCCACUGCCACCAUAUCCGCCUGCCUGGCUGCUUUGAGUGCGCAGCAAGAAGCUGCUGCAGCUCCUCGUCAAAUUGUAGCAUUAAACUUGCAAUGUCAGUUCGACGCUUGUAUGUUGCGCCUCUUGCAGCGGCACUUGGGGCUGCUGCGCCUGCAACGCUUCGCCUGGCAUUCCAAGCUAUUGCUGCACUUUGACACCGCCGAUGGCAGCAUCAAGUGGCUGCCACAGCGGCCGCAAGUGGCACGUGCCGUUCAACAAUUCAUUGUCAGUCAGUUGGCGAGUCUGCAUGAAUUGGAUUUCACACGAAAUGUCCAUGCCACGCCCACAUUUCUAGCACACCUCACUGCACAACUGAACUGUAAAUUGAAAGGCUCCGCCGCCGCCCCCACCUCACCACUGACUAUCUGGCAUGAUGGCUGUCCAAAUGCAGCAACUGAUCAACUGGAAACAGCAAAGGACUUGCACUAUGUCGAACUGCAAUUGCAGCAAUUGACGCUUGACCAGCAAAUAUUCUAA